AACUCUUUAUAACUGUGAACACACACUCCAACUGACGUGGCAAACCUACUUUCAAGCUAUGAUAUUAGCUCAAUACCUACGGUUGGAAGCCCCCCUCUCUUUAGUUUGUUAGUUGCUAUGGUAGCCGUGUUCGGCGACUGUUAACCGUCGAUGGGUACAGUUAACUUGGUCCAAACGUUGACAAAAGGUUUAAAUGGCUAAAAUGGCGUUUAAAAUAAUGUCACAAAACAACGUAGACUGUUUGGUGGACAGUUUAAUAGAAGAUGAAGCUGAGAGAGAGACUCUUCUUGCCAAACCUACCUGCUUCAUCAUAGUUGGAAAACCGGGUGUGGGCAAAUCCACCUUGGCCAAAAACAUUGCAGAGUCCUGGAAGUGCAUCUUGAUUGAUGAUACAGAUCUGCUCAGCACACACAUAAAAAAUAAAACGGAGCAAGGUUUAGAGCUCUUGAAUAUCUUAUCAAGAGGAAGAAGCAUACCAGAAGACAUGGUGCUCCAGCUGAUUCUUACCAGGCUUAAUUCGACAGAUGUGGAGCACUAUGGGUAUGUACUGAGCUGUCUGCCAUUCAUGUCAGAAGAGAGCCUGAAGAUUCAUGAGCAGAUCGAGUUGAUCAAAAACCUCAAACUAACACCUGAUUUCAUCAUCAACAUCAAGUGUGCAGACAAGGAUCUAGUCCAUAGGCUGUCGGGUCUUAAGCAGCACCCAGAGACAGGGCAGCUGUACAACAGGAAUCAGUGGCAGCAUGAGGAGGUGUUUAACAAGAAAAAAGAGAACAAAGAUGAAGAAGUGGAGGCUGAGGAGGAGCAGGCUAGGGAAGGGGAACUCCAAAAGAAAAUUAUUGACCAGAUGGUGUGGAUACCAGAGAACUUAGCCAGAAAUGCUCUUCUGAAAAUCAACAUGUACAAGCAUACCAUGCUCGGACCACUGCAGGACUACAUGAAGGACCACAACCUACUGUACCUGUUGGAGCUGGAUGGAAACAACACACCUGAAGAGCUACACUCUUCUGUAAUGUCCCAUCUUGGAUCCAUGGCGAUAAAGCGAGUCUCCAUUCCAGUCCCUAUUCACUGGUCUGAUGAUGAAGAAUUGCCAGCAGACAUUGACACGGAGGACCUACUGAGAAGUAUGUGCUCCUCCAGGACAGUGGCCCCUGGCUUUAGAUGGAGAAGAAGCCGCUGGGGCCGAACUUGUCCUGUUGCUCUGAAGGAGGGCAAAUUCAUUCUUGGCAAGCCAGAAUUAUGUGUUGGCUUCCAGGACAAAAUAUACAUCAUCUCAUCCGAGGAGGCUUUCCAGAAGUUCAUUACAAACCCCAGACGGUACCUCCUUCCUCCACUGCCCCGGUCUCCUUGCAGAGUUUCCAUCAUUGGACCUCCACAGGCAGGGAAGAGCACUCUGUGUAAGCUUCUAGCUCAGCACUACAAUGCGUUGGUGCUUGAUAUGGAGGCAUUGCUGCAGCCGGCUCUGGCCAAGGCUGAACAGAAGAGGCUUGACAAAAUCAAAGAGGAGGCAACCCAGGUUGCUAUAGAGAAAAUCAAGAUGAAGAUGGAGCAGGAUGGUGACCAGAAUUCAGUAACAGAGAAUCAUCCAGAGGUGAAAGCCAUGGUGGUCACUGCGCUGGAAGAAGCCCAGCAUAUGAGCACAGUUCCCUUUGGCCUGUAUGCUGAGGUACUGCAGAAGCGUAUUAAAGAGAUUGAAGAGGCUGACACUGAUGCAGAUGUCAGGACUGGCUGGGUCCUUGACAACUUUCCCAAGAACUUCUCCCAAAUGGAUGCCUUACAGCAGGCUGGACUCCUGCCAGACAUUCUCUUCUGUCUUAAAGACAGUGAUGGAAAUCAUGUUUUGAAGCGAUUGUAUGACAUGAACAAGAAGAGCAUGGACAAAGCAGUAAGCAAGGGGUUGCAGGAGGAACAAUCUGAGAAGGAGUGGCAGGCCCUUUCUCUGAGUUGUAGAAACCAGAAGGAGCAUGAAUCGGAGGUAGAGGCCCAUCCUGCAGAACAGCAAACAAACUUAGAGACAGUUGUUGAAGAGACUGAAGAAAAUCAUGAACAAUCAAACAUCACCAGCCCUGGAUUUCCUGGUAUCAUCAAAAAGGAAGCUGUGGUACUACCUGAUGACAGGGAGCUGGGUUAUCCAGACGGUCCGGAGAUGAAUGAAUAUAAACUGCAACUGCAACAGUUUGCGUCCGAGUGGGAGCAAAUGCAGUCCACUUUAACUGUCGCCCACUCAGUACUGGAGAUAGGCAGCAGAAGCCCUGAGGACCUGCUUCAGGAGAUAAUCCUUCAGAUGGAGAAACCUUUUCAGUAUGUGUCCUCGGAGCUGUCAGCGGUGGACAUGGACGAGGAGACAGAGGAUAUCGAGGCCUUGGCUGAGCUGGAGAGAGCCGAGGAAGGCAGGGGUGACAAUGACGCGGAGGAUGAGGAGGAUGAAGGGGACACGGCAGUCAAGAGAUUAUUAGGCGAUACCCAUCAUUUCUGCCCUGUGCUCUUAAAAACCCACAACGUUCUAAGGCCCUGUACGGACAAAAUUGCAGCCAAAUACCGUGAAAAGACCUUCUUCUUCUCUAGUCUAGAAGCCAGGGAUUCCUUUCUUCAAAGCCCUGCGCAGUUUGUUGCACGAAACGGGCCUCUCAAGGCUCCUGCUCUGCGGAUCUUUUUGCUUGGCACUCGAGGGUCAGGCAAGACCACUAAUGGUGAGUGGCUCGCUCAGCAGCUUGGCAUCUUCCAUAUUCAGUUCAGGGAGCAACUGCAGAUGCUCAUCAUGGCCAAGACAAAGAAGAAAGUACCUUAUGCUGAUGAGGUAGAGACUUCAGAGGACUCUCCUGAGGACUUGGAGGCCCUGAUAAAGGCAGCUAGGGGAGAGGACGACAAGGAGACGGAGGACACCUCUGCCAAUAAGAUGGAACAGGAAGUGGAACUGACUGAUGAGGAAAAGGCCAUCAAAGCCUACCUGUCUGAUGGAGAUCCGCUGAGUUCACAGAUCCUGGAUAUGGUUAUCAGACCAUACUGGAAACAGGAACCAUAUAUGUCUACAGGUUUUAUUUUGGAAGGCUUCCCUCACAAUCCAGAAGAGGUACAGUACAUGUUGCAGCGACAGCUUUUCCCUGACCUUGUGGUAAUCAUGGCAGUGGAACUCUCAGAUGUUCAGAAACGUCUGUUGCCAACAUACCUGGAUAACUGGCGUGAGCGGCGCAGACAUCAUGAAGCACAGCUGACCCUCCUUCGUGAUCUACGUAGGAAGAACCAAGAGGAGAACAUUGUCAAGAGAAGAGCUGAACUGAUGGCAGAGAAAGGUGCCAAAGCAGUGAAUACAAAGUUCAGGUAUCAUCAAGAUGAAGAAGAUGAUGAAGAGGAUGACGCUGCGGACAGCAUAGAGGAUGAGAUAGAGGCCAUCCUGGAGGAGGAGUUUCCUGCAGAAGAGGAUAAUGAAGACACAGAGAAUGAGGAAACUGAGGAGGUGGCAUCUGAAAGGCUGGAGAUGGAGAUAGAAGAACGUUUUGUAUCAGAUGAAAACAGGCUUCAUGUUGUGAUGGAGCUCCUGAGUGAAGAAAACAUACCAAAAGUGUCAGCCAAUGCAUCUCGCAAGCUCUGGUUUGUGCGGCAUCAGCUACUUCGGAAAAUCCAGCCACUGCUGACCAACAGGGAGUCACUCUUCCAAAAAUGCCAACCCAUCUCAUACAGCCUAGCACAUAGGCUGCUGCUCUCUUCUUACAAGCUCCACAGCACCUUUGGCUGUCGGGACCCCGUAAAGCAAUACAAGGAGAGAGAUUUGAUUCAGCCUCUGCUGUGGCCGCUCAGUACCACAUAUCCUCUGAUCUUCCAUCAGUAUAUCUACUUCUUUGCAUCUAAGGAGAACCGCAACACAUUUAUGCUGAACCCCUUGAAGUACCUUAAACAGCCAAAGCCCACACCACCCCCGCCUGUUAAAAUCGCUGUGGUUGGACCACCCAAAUCUGGAAAAACUACUGUGGCACAGAUGUUUACUCACAAAUAUGGUUUGGCCCGGCUGUCCAUUGGCAGUGUCAUGCGUAUGGUACUUAACACUCAGGAGCAUACUGAUUUAGCUGUCCAGAUGAAAAAGCAUCUUGACCAGGGUCUUGUUGUGCCAGAUGAAUUGGCCAUUCAGUGUCUGAAGGUGGCACUCAUGAGCUCAGUCUGCAACACUCGAGGGUAUGUGUUGGAUGGCUUUCCAAAGACGCUUCAGCAGGCAGAGCUGAUGGAGUCUCUGAGCAUCAUCCCCAUGAUAGUAGUUGAGCUGGAGCUGAACACAGUGGAGGUGCUUAAUAGAGGCCUCGUGGACAAGAUGAAGCCCAACAAGCCUCAUCUGAUGCACGACAGCUCUGAAAUACUCCAUAUUCGUAACUCCUGUUACAAGCAAGAGGUGGAGCGUGUGAGGAAAUACUUUCAGCAACAAUAUCAGAACUGGAUCCCUCUCAGUGGCUUAAAGAGCAAAUGGUGGAUCUGGAACAGCAUUUUAAAGGAGAUCAGCAUCAGCAUGAAAAAUAUCCACACCUACCUGGAUAGGACAAGCAGCAGGCAAACGGCUUGCAUCAACAGACUGUGCAUCACACCCAAGGAACUGCAGCAUGGUCUUGGAGAGUUUGGCCAGUACUGCCCUGUUUGCCUGGCUCUGCAUUACCACCUGGUGGACUGCUCCGAAACUACAGCCUUAACUCAUGCUGCUGAACACAGAGGACACUAUUACAAGAUGUGUGGCAAAGACCAUUUAGAGCGGUUCCUGAUCACUCCAGAUCAGUUUGUGACGCCUGGCUGCCCACACACUCUCCCACAACCUCACCUGUUGCCAAGAAAGCUAACCGACAGUCAGGUGAAGAACAGUUUCCCACAGCAAGUUGAGAUGCAGGGCUUCUGCCCCGUCACUUAUCUGGAUGGAAAGCAAAGGUAUGAAGCCCUGGUACGAGGAAAGAUGGAAUAUGCUGUGGAAUAUAGAGAACGGAUCUUCAUUUUUGAGACAAAGCAGAAACAGGACAAAUUUAUGAGGAGUCCUGAAACCUACUGGGACCAGAAACUACCCAGUAAGGUUCCUCCUCUUUGUGAGCCUGUACCCCUCACCUCCCUUCCAACAUUGGGCUACCUGGAACAGGGUGUUGCAGUAGCAGUCAUCAAGGCCAUGACAGCUGUUGGGUGUCUCAAACCAAAGUAUCCCUUCCUCAGUAUACAAAGAUCAGCACUCCUCUAUGUGGCCUUCUAUCUGAAAGCUUUCAACCACAAGAGCGCUGACUACACCAAACAGAAGUACAAAAAGAAGCUGGCCUUGUUUGAAGAGAACUGCGCUCUGAUUCCCUACCUGAGCUCAGUAAUGAGAGGGAACUACAGGCCUCCCAGUGAACGUCCCAUUGACUUUGAGUUCAAAAUGAAUCGGUUCCUGGCUUUGGGAGAGGAGCCAGGAGCCAACAGUGUGCUUUAGUUGUGCCUCUUUUAAGACUUGCCAUUUUAUAUUGGGUGAAGGACUGUGUCUCAAAAAAAAGUAAUUUGAAAGUAAGCUGCUGUAAGAGCAGAUACUGUGCUUUCCUUUUUUGCAUCACAUUUUACCUGAAAAUGAAAGGGUAAUGGCCAUUUAUUUUGACCAUACAACACUCCUUAAUCUAUCAAUAUAUUUUAAAAAAAACUCUAAAUCAAAUGUGAAACUACUGAAAUAUGAAAUUAAUUCAUAAUAUGAUGAUUGUUUUCUGCUGCUCAAGUCAUGAGCCGUCUCUAUGCAGUCUGCAAGAGGCAGUCACUGUAUGUUUGUCCUGGGACCCGAUUCACUUGAGAUAACUCAUCCAUAAAAAAAUGCAUUACCAAAAAUAAAUUCCCUUUCAUGUGUAAA